AUGAUCAGUGUGCCCUGAUGAUCAGUGUAGCCUCAGCAGUGCCACCUGUCAUUGUCCAUCAGUAACAGCUGUCAGUGCUUAUCAGUGCCACAUGCCAGUGCCCAUCAAUGCCACAUAUCAGUGCCUACCAGUGCACAUCAAUGCCACAUAUCAGUGCCCAUCUGAGCUGCCUUUCAGUGUCACCAAUCAGUGCCAGUCAGUGCCACCUAUCACAGCCAAUCAGUGCCACCUAUCAGGGUAGCCAAUUAGUGCCACCUAUCAGUGCCAGUCAGUGCUGCCUAUCAGUGCGCAUCAGUGCCGCCUAUCAGUGCCAGUCAGUGUCGCCUAUCCGUGCCAGUCAGUGCUGCCUAUCCGUGCCAUAUAUCAGUGCUGCCUUUCAGUGCCCAUCAGUGAUGCCUGUCAAUGCCCACCAGUGCCACCUACCAGUGCCUCCUCAUCAGUGCCCAUCAGUGCCACCUAUCAGUGUCCAUCAGUGCAGCCUAUCAGUGCCCAUCACUGCAGCCUCAUUAGCGCACAUCAUUGAAGGAGAAAAAUCACUUAUUUACAAAAUUUCAUAACAAAAACUAAGAAAAAACUUUUUUUUUUUCAAAAUUUUCAGACGCCAUAUGACGUUUAAGAAAAAUUAAAAAACCCAGAGUUGAAUAAAUACCACCAAAAGAAAGCUCUAUCUGUCACAAAAAAAAUGAUAAAAAUGUCAUAUGGGUACAGUGUUGCAUGACCGCGUAAUUGUCAUUCAAAACAACAGCGCUGAAAGCUGGAAAUUGGCCUGGGCAGGAAGGGGGUAUAAGUGACCUGUAGGCUUGUGGUUAAU